AUGUGGUUGAGUGAGUCCCAAAGAUUUGGGGUUGCAUUCACCUUUGGUGGGUUUCUGUUUUUUAUGUUUGGUAUAAUAACAUUUUUUGAUAGGGCUCUGCUGGCAUUGGGUAAUAUUCUGUUCUUAAUUGGGUUGCUACUGAUAAUUGGUACCCAAAAGACCCUAGUAUUUUUCACAAGACCCACGAAGAGGCGUGGGACUCUAUUCUUUACCUUUGGGAUACUUCUCAUCCUCUUUAAAUGGACUUUCACCGGAUUUAUCGUUGAAACAAUCGGCAUAUUCGGCCUCUUCGGUGACUUCUUUGGUGUUGUAGUACAGUUUUUGAGAUCCAUGCCAAUUAUCGGACCAAUUCUAUCAAUGCCACCUAUUGCCCCGAUUAUUGAUAGAAUUGCAGGUGUUAGCGUUUUACCUGUGUAG